GCCCUCCACUCGACGGGCGGUGGAGGUUCGCCUCUGGCCCGGAAGUGAAGUGCGGUACCCACUCAGGGCAGGGGGAAACCAUGCAGGUCUCCUGUCUCCACGAGGUGAAGGUCUACAGCCUGAGGGCCGGCAGGAGCUUGCCAGAGUGGCUUUCUGACAGAAAGAAGAGAGCACUGCAAAAGAAAGAUGUCGAUAUUCGCAGGAGGAUUGAACUCAUUCAGGAUUUUGACAUGCCUGCUGUUAGCACCAAGCUGAAGGUGUCACGAGAUGGGCAGUACGUGAUGGCAACUGGGACAUAUAAACCAAGGAUCCGAUGUUUUGAUACCUAUCAGUUAUCUAUGAAGUUUGAAAGGUGCUUAGAUGCUGAAGUGAUUACAUUUGAUAUUUUAUCAGAUGAUUACUCAAAGAUGGUCUUUCUGCAGUGUGACAGAUAUGUGGAAUUUCAUUCCCAACAUGGACGUUAUUAUAGGACAAGAAUACCCAAGUUUGGUAGAGAUUUCUCGUAUCAUUAUCCAUCCUGUGACCUCUACUUUGUAGGAGCAAGUUCUGAAAUAUACAGGCUAAAUUUGGAACAAGGAAGAUUUCUGAAUUCCCUCCAGACAGAUGCUUCCAGGAUCCUAGUCUGUCAGGUGAAAUGCUGUCCUAUGCUGAAUACAUAUUUUCUUUGUUCUCCUAAGGGGAAGGUGGAAUGCUGGGAUCCUAGAACAAGAAAUCGGGUUGGCAUGUUGGAUUGCGCUUUGAGCAGUGUGACAGCUGAUAAAGAGGUAGAUGGUCUGCCAUCUAUUUCAGCCUUAAAGUUUGAUGGAACUUUGAAUAUGGCUGUUGGAACAUCUACUGGCCAGGUCUUGCUUUAUGAUCUUCGAUCAAAUCAGCCACUAAUAGUGAAGGACCAUCAGUAUGGUCUACCUAUUAAAUCAAUACAGUUCCACGGUUGCUUAGACUUAAUUAUUUCAUCUGAUUCGCGAAUCAUAAAAAUGUGGAACAAGGAUACAGGGAAAAUAUUUACUUCCAUGGAACCGGAGCAUGAUAUUAAUGAUGUUUGCCUAUAUCCUGAUUCUGGAAUGCUGUUCACAGCCAAUGAAGCCCCGAAAAUGAGCAUCUACUACAUCCCAGUUUUAGGUCCUGCUCCAAAAUGGUGCUCAUUUCUUGAUAAUUUGACAGAAGAGCUGGAGGAGAACCCAGAGACAACAGUGUAUGAUGACUAUAAGUUUGUAACAAGAAAAGACCUGGAGAACUUGGGUCUAACUCAUCUGAUUGGGUCACCACUUCUCCGAGCGUAUAUGCACGGCUUUUUCAUGGACAUACGACUCUAUCACAAGGUUAAAAUGAUGGUGAAUCCAUUUGCUUAUGAGGAAUAUAGAAGAGAGAAAAUUAGGCAGAAGAUAGAAGAAACACGUGCACAAAGAGUGCAACUAAAGAAACUUCCUAAGGUUAAUAAAGAACUUGCAUUAAAGUUGAUCGAGGAGGGAGAAGAAGAGGUGCAAAACGCAAGGAAAAAGAAACAAAAGAAAAUGCCUAGCAUUCUUAAUGAUGACCGUUUCAAAGUCAUGUUUGAGAAUCCAGAUUUCCAGGUGGAUGAAAAGAGUGAAGAGUUUAGGCUGCUUAAUCCACUCGUUUCUAAAAUGGGUGAGAAAAGAAAGAAGAAGCUAAAGAUGUUAGAGGAGCAAGAAGUCCUCGGAAAGGAAGAAGAGGAAGAACCAGAAGGAAAACCAAGUGAUGCAGAAAGCUCUGAGACUUCAGAGGAUGAAAAAGGCUGGGUUGAAGAGGUCAGGAAACAGCGCAGACUUCUUCGCCAAGAGGAAAAAGUAAAACGACAGGAAAGGUUCAAGGAGGAUCAGCAAACAGUCCUGGAACCCAAGUUUUUUGAGAUUAAAGCUGGGGAAGAAUUUAGAAGUUUCAAGGACACAGCCAAAAGGCAAAAGUUAAUGAAAAAAACGCUUGAAGAUCGUUUGCAACUUGAAGAGAGAGUAGGUGCACUCAGUGUACAUGAUACCACUGUAGGAAGCAAACAAGUUACCUUCAAAUUAAAAAAGUCAGAACAGCAGAGGAAACAGCAUGAAGCAGAGAGGCACCAUCAUCUGGAGAGGAAAAAACUCCGGCGUUCUGCUGGCCAUCUCCAAAGUAAAAGAGGAAGGAGGCGACCCUUCAACUGACAGAACACUCCUGUUAUUUUUCCAGGGGUAUUUGGGAAGUGGGGGGCUUAUUAGUGAUGACCCCCAAUCAUGGACAUAAAUCAAGACUUCUUCAGCUGUUUUGUACAGAGGAGAAUUGUCUACAGAAUCAUCCACAUUGUGUUCGGUGGGGAGAACAUGAGGAUCUCAUGGUUGGGGUAGAGCUACUUGCCGUAUUUUUCUGUGUAUACGACUCCCCCCAAUGUAUAAAACAACUCCCUAAUUUUGACCCUUGAUGGAGGUGG